CCCCACUCUGUCAGAGGACAUUUAAAUGGCUUCACAACAGAGCCGCGUAGUUCCGCAAUAACAUAGUUACAGGGGGAAAACAGGCGCUUCGCGGGUCUCUCCAGCCCUAAACGCUGCACUUAAACCCGCUCGGUUCGUCUGCGAAGCGGAGAAAUGGGCGACGAGGACGAGUUCCUGCAGAAAGCCCGGAGCGGGUUCGAGGAUCUGUGCCGAGCCCUGAACAUGGACGAGGAGGCGGCUGGCGGAGCCUGGAGCAGCUACGAGCACAUCAGCAGGAACUUCACCCUGGAGGGCAGCGAGCUGCACUGGUUGGCUUGUUCUCUGUACGUGGCCUGCAGGUCCUCGGUGCCAACCGUGGGGAAAGGAACCGCAGAGGGGAACUACGUUUCUCUGACCAAAAUCCUCCGCUGCUCUGAAAUGAGCCUGAUCGAGUUCUUCAACAAGAUGAAGAAGUGGCAGGACAUGGCUGACCUGCCGCACGAUUUCCGUCAAAGCACAGAGAAGCUGGAGAGGAACUUCACCGUGUCAGCAGUCAUAUUCAAGAAGUACGUUCCCAUCUUCAGGUCUAUCUUCAGAGCACCUUCUGAGGAGCCGCCCCGAGUUCACCGCAGCCGCAAACAGAGACGCCACCCGUGCACUGUGAGUGAAGUCUUCAACUUCUGCUGGGUGUUGUUCGUCCAUGCUAAAGGAAACUUCCCCAUGAUCAGCGACGACCUGGUGAACUCUUACCACCUGCUGCUGUGUGCGCUUGACCUCGUCUUAACAAAUGCAUUGCUCUGUAAUGCCAGGAAGGAGCUGCUCAACCCCAACUUCAACGGACUCCCAGAGGACUUCAGCAGCAAGGACUACAGGCCAUCUCCAGGGCCUUUCUGCUUCAUCGAGCAACUCUGUGAGCUACACGACGGCCUUGUGCUGGAGGCCAAGGGCGUCAGAGAGCACUUCUGGAAACCCUUCAUCAAGAAGCUCUUCCACAAGAGGAUUCUCAGAGGCAAAGAGGACAGUUUGACCGGCUUUCUGGAUCCCAUGAACUUUGGAGACAGUCUCCUGUCCCUCAGUCGCCUCUAUGAGGAGCAUGUCCUGGCCACCGGCAGUCUGGAUGAGAGGAUCUUCACAGGACAGGGAGCCAGCGAGGACAUCGGCACCCCUGGGCCCUGCCUCUAUGAGGGGGUUGAGAAUGAGGACAGCGCCAUCUACAGGCUACACACCAACCUCACUUCCUCAGCGGAGAAGGUCUCCACCCCACUGACUGGGAGGAGGUUCGUGCGCGAGAGCCGGCUGGCAUCUCCGCUCUCAUCCGCCAUGAAGAGUGUUGGCCGUCUUCACACUCUGCUGUCGGGGACCAAACAGGGGCCGAGCGCCAAGCUGACAGAGACUCUCGGGGGUUGUGCCAGAGACCCCAGUAGUGUGAUCAACCAGCGCCUGAAGGACAUGUAUGACGUUUUCUCACAACAUUACGAGGAGAGUGGUGCUGACGGCAGGGGAAUGGAGAAAGAUAUGGCAGUGAGGUAUUUCCAGCUGGCCGAAGCGCUCUACUACAGGGCCCUGGAGUCCAUCGUUGAGAGAGAGAAGAUGAUCUUAGGAGAUGCCGACCUGUCUUGUAUCCUGGAGCAGGACAUCUUCCAUCGCUCCCUGUUGGCCUGCUGUCUGGAGAUCGUGACCUUCUCCUACAGACCACCAGGAGAUUUCCCCAACGUGAUCAGCAUCUUCCAGCUCCCUGCUUAUCACUUCUACAAGGUGAUUGAGGUGCUGGUGCGGGCGGAGCAGGGUCUGUCUCGGGAGGUGGUGAAGCACCUGAAUCAGGUGGAGGAACAGGUUCUGGAGAGUCUGGCUUGGACCAGCGACUCCCCACUGUGGCAGAGCCUCCACGCAGCCAAAGGCCGUGUCCCUUCCUGCAAGGAGGUGAUGCCUCCUCAGUAUCUGGAACAAAAUGAUGAAAGCGGGACAGGGCCUGUUCCCCUCACACCCAGCAGCCACGGACCUGAACUCAGCACUGUCAAAGGUGUGCCCCCCUCCCCCACCACCCUGCUGGAUCGAUACAGCUCCCCGCCCACCGGUGGAUUUCGCCGCCGUCUGUUUGUGGACCCUGUAGAGGGCGAGUCCAGCGUCACCUCCACCAGCACGGUCGGUACCGCUGCAGCCGCCGUCACCAAGACGGCCCAGGCUGCCAUCGUCGGCACUAUCCCAGCAGGGCAGACUGUCGUCACCAUGGCAACCGCCACCAUGACGGCUAACAAUGGCCAGACGGUUACCAUACCCGUGCAAGGGAUAGCCAAUGAGAGCGGAGGCAUCACUUUCAUCCCAAUGCAGGUGGGGGGGGCUACACUGCAGCCGCUCUCCUCCCAGACUCUGACCAGUACCCUCACCAUCCAGUCAGCCGUCUCCAAACCAGCUGCCAAAGCAGCCAGCAGUCCGCUGAAGAAAGGCUCUCUGUCCCUGUUCUUCAGGAAGGUGUACCAUCUAGCCAGCGUUCGUCUCAGAGAUCUUUGUGCCAAAUUGGACAUCUCGUCAGAGCUGAGGAGAAAGAUCUGGACGUGUCUCGAAUAUUCACUGGUCAACUGCACUGAGAUGAUGAAAGACCGUCACCUGGAUCAGCUGCUCAUGUGCGCUAUUUACGUCAUGGCAAAGGUGACCGAAGAAGACAAAUCCUUUCAGAACAUCAUGAAGUGUUACCGCACCCAGCCUCAGGCCAGCAGCAACGUAUAUAGGAGUGUACUGAUCUCAGCGAGAAGGCGGUGUUGCUCAGGCAUGAACGAUACCAACAGAGUGAGCUCAUCAGCUGACAGCAGCCAGGAUCCAGCAGGUGGAGACAUCAGCCCGGUUCAGAUCCGCUCCAGCAGCACGUUGCCGACCCCCCAGCCCGGUAGUGCCCCCUCCACCCCCACCAACGUCCCCAACAGGGUCUCCUCCGCAGCGGGGGAGGGAGAGGAGCGAGGAGACCUGAUUCUGUUCUACAACAACGUCUACAUCAAGCAGAUGAGACUCUUUGCUCUGAAAUACUCGCCGAGCUCACCCACUGCAGGGGUGGAACCCCCCGCUUUGUGUCCGUACCCCACGUUGAGGACUGGCUCUCCUCGUCGGAUGCUUCUGUCCAGCAAACACUCCAUUUAUAUCUCCCCUCACAAGACGGGUUCCUCCCCCUCGCCAGCAUCCCCCCGGGACAGGAUUUCCUACUACAUCUGCAGCAGCCCCUCCAACCGUCUCCAGGAGAUCAACAGCAUGAUCCGGACGGGAGAGACCCCCACCAGGAAGCGCAGCAUUCCUCUAGACGAAGAGACGUCGGCCAAGCGCAUUUGCCCUGACAACCACACGGCUUUGUUACGCCGCCUGCAGGACAUUGCCAAUGACCGCAGCUCCUCCCACUGAACACACACGUGCUAUCACCAUGGCAACAUUCAGUCAAUACGGAGUGUCAAAAACUCAUCAGGACUUUGAGAAACUAUCUGGUCACUUUAAGGUUUGUCUUUCAGUGUGGUUAUGUAUUUACCAGAGAUGAUGAGUUUCCAACCGGUGCAUGAAUAUUUCCACUGAUUCUUUUGUCUGUAAAACUCAGUUUUCAGAAACUCCGGCCGCCACACAGCAACAAUUCACCUCUUUAUGUUGGAACUCAGAUUUGAUCUGAAUGUUGCUGUUUGUAUUCAGCGUUUCUCCUGAAGCUGAAAGCUGGAACUCAUAAGACACCGAGUGGCAGAGGUCUGUGCAGCAGGGGUCCGUUUCACCAAGAGGGUCACGUUGAACCUGAACUCAGGGAAACUCAGAGUUUUCCAUCUCACAAGGCGAGGUUACUUAACCACCAGCAAGAGGGUUUAGUUGAGCCGGUUUCAGAAAGCGAAAAAAAUCAUCCUGGGAGUCUUUUACUGUGGUAACUGACUCUGAAGUAAACCGGGUCAAGAGCAGGUUUGCUUCAACAUACCGAGUUACUUUCUGUCUCCUCCCCUUCACGAAGCUGAAACGAGUUCAGUUUGAUCAGACAAUCGAUCUUAUACCACUUCUGAACGAUGACGCAUUGCAUUCGUGAUAGAAGGACUUCAUAGAAAAUACCUUGGGUUAUUAAUUUUGUAAGCCAUUAUUUGCAAAUGUCAGUCUUAUUCAUAACAACAUGGAUAGUGAAUAUACUGUGUUCUAUGACACUGGAAAGUGAAUGAUGCAGAACUGAGAGAAAAGUGGCCGACUCAUAAGUUGGAUAACAUUAAUUGCUCAAAAUAAUGCUCAGAGUUGUGUGAGUAAAGAAAGGUCCCUUUAGGAUUUAUCAGUGUGACUGGAUGCAUUCAUAUUUUCCAGCUUGGAUUAUUUUAUCUUUUGAUUGUUCCUUCCAUCCAAAACUUUUAAUGUGAAAACAACAGCCUGGAACGGUGGAGUUACCUGUCUGAAAUAUGUGUUUGCGUUUCAAGUUUUGUUUUUGUCUGUUUGUUCUGGCCACCAGGACUGCGCCUACAGGACAGUGAAUAUUGAGAACAACAUAUUACAUUCAUUUGUCAUUCAUACAUAUUUUAAUUCGUCCACACAUUCACUCGCUCUUCAGUUUUCUGCAACGUCAACUCUCUUUCCUUCACUACAACAGCCGUGUUGCACUUUCGUCUGAAGACAGUAUGUGCUUGUAAUACACUCAUAUCUUUGUUCUAGCAAACUAAAAUAGAAAGAUUACUUCCGUUAACUAUGUGUUGCCACAGUGAAUCAUGGAAUCUGAGCUCCACUAGUGAUGGGUUUUUAGAGUCGGGUUAACUCAUAGUCAGAGUCGACUUAACCACCUUUCUUAAAACUGAAAACUCAGAGUUUCUGGACUUCGCUUGUGAAACAGGCCCCUGGUUUAUCAUCAGUUUUUUUAUUUUUCUAACAUCUCUUUUCUAUUCUGCUGUUUGAACAAAGCAUCCUGUGUCCGUGUGAGAUUUAGAUUCAGGAACUGCAAUUUGUAUGUAAACGUCAGAGAGGAAGUUCAGCAUCACAUUUCAAUGUAAAUUUUGUUAUGAAAUCAGUGACCACGAUUAAGCCACAGACAAUUCCCACCGAGUUUCAGGAUUUCACUGUGGAGCACUUUGUUCUGGUGUGUGAUGAAGAGCAGUAGCUAUCUGAACUUCAGCAUUUUUAUAUUUACACUUUUUAUCUUUUUAAGCUAAACUCAUGUUUUUAGAAGUCGUGUUGAUAAAAAAAGUCAUAUGUCUGUUUGGAGGUCAGGAAGGUUUCCAUCCUGUCAAAUGAUCUUUGACCUGUGGCAUGUUUAUCACUUCACAAUUGUCGUGUAAUUUGACUGGCUGUUCAUCACCUGCACUGAUGAGAGGACUGUAAAUAUCUGUACAAAAGAGAAAAGAAACCUAUUAACGGAGUUAACAUAAGUUAAGUGCCUUUAUUUUUUUACUUGUUUACAUUCUGCAGACUUUUUCAUUAUUAUAUAUGUUUGUUUAUGAAAAUAAUAGAUGAAUGUUUAAACUGACUCAACUUAGUAUGUGUGUGACCACUGGGUGGUGCUGUUUGUUUCAAAUGUCACAGGAAGUGACUAUUAAGAGUCCAGACUGCAGGUAUUUAUUUGAGCGCACAUUUUUCGAAAUAGUUUUUAGCUUUCAUUAGCAGAUGAUUCUGACCCCCGAGUUUGUAUUUAAAUUG